AUGGAACAGCGGAACCGGCUCGGCGCCCUCGGAUACCUGCCGCCUCUGCUGCUGUACGCCCUGCUGCUCUUCGUGGCCGACGCUACAUUCACCGAAGUCCCCAAAGAUGUGACAGUGCGGGAGGGAGACGACAUCGAGAUGCCCUGCGCGUUCCGGGCCAGCGGAGCCACCUCGUAUUCGCUGGAAAUUCAGUGGUGGUACCUCAAGGAGCCGCCCCGGGAGCUGCUGCAUGAGCUGGCGCUCAGCGUGCCCGGCGCCCGGAGCAAGGUAACAAAUAAGGAUGCAACUAAAAUCAGCACCGUGCGCGUCCAGGGCAAUGACAUCUCGCACCGGCUUCGGCUGUCAGCCGUGCGGCUGCAGGACGAAGGAGUAUACGAGUGCCGCGUGUCGGACUACAGUGACGACGACACUCAGGAACACAAGGCCCAGGCGCUGCUGCGCGUGCUCUCACGCUUCGCCCCGCCGAACAUGCAGGCCGCCGAGGCCGUGUCCCACAUCCAGAGCAGCGGCCCGCGUCGCCACGGUUCCGCCAGCGCCGCCAACGCCAACAACGCGGGCGCCUCCGGCCGCACCACCUCCGAGCCCGGCCGCGGCGACAAGAGCCCGCCGCCCGGGAGCCCUGCCGAAGGUCCCGGUCCUGGAGUCCCCGAGGCCGCCCCCGCCUCCGCGGCCCACACAACCACCACCACCGUCGCGGCCGCUGCCGCUGCUUCGUCUGCGUCGCCGCCACCCGGCCAGGCGGUCCUUCUGCGCCAGAGGCACGGCUCAGGCACUGGCCCUAGCUAUGCCACAGACCCGCUCCUGUCCCUGCUCCUGUUAGCUCUGCAUAAGUUCCUGCGCCUGCUGGUGGGGCACUGA